AGAGCACUGCCAUAAAGGAAGUGUUCGCUUAGUGUGUUUGAUACCCAACACCACAGACUGUGAUCCUGCAGACAGACUGGCAAGUUGAGAAUAGAGAGAUACUGUUCCCCUGUGUCUCAUUCAAGAGCUGUUGAACGCCUGCUGAACGCUGCACCAGAGACAACUCUCUAAACCUGCCAGAUUACAGCCUAGAACGACUGAACCGACACAUUUCUAGUGGAUUCAUACUCUGUUCAGGGGUGUGGAGAGUGCAGAGACAUAGAGGUCUUGCUGAUGUUGCUAAUACCACAAAUGCGAAAGCAGAAAACAAUGAUCAAAAUGCCACGAGGAGGAGACAUUUAGAACUCAAGAAAGACUGAAGGAAAACUGAAGGAACAAGCUGUUUGUAGUCAUUUUUGUGCACUUGGAGUGCAUCAGCACAAGUAAAGAAUAGCAUUGUUAUCAUCCCCAUCUCUAAACACCUCAACAUGUUUGCCCCGACGACAGCCCUGGCUCCUCCUCCUCCCCUCUUAACAGGAAGUGCUCUGCCAGUGCCCAGCGCGCCAGCAACAGCUCCUUACACAGAUCAUGACCUACUACGGCAAGAGUUAAACUCUCGCUUCUUGGCCUCCCAGACUGUCGAUCGAGGAGGCGCUCCAGCUCCCCCGGCCUGCCUGCGCACAGAGUUCCACCAGCACCAGCACACACACCAACACACACAUCAGCACACCUUCACUCCAUUCCCCCAUUCCAUCGUGCCCAGCCCAGCAGCACCACUGGUGCGUAGCCCUGCCAGACAAUUUGACAAAUACCCCGCUAAAGUGGAUAACUUCCAUAGACACAAUUUGGUCCCGUCCUAUCCGUCAGUAAUGACUGGAAUACCACCUAUGGUUCCACCUGCUGGACCAUUCAGCUCUCUCCAGGGAGCUUUUCAGCCCAAGGCCUCCAACCCACUAGAUGUGGUGUCAAGGCCAGGAUCUGUGCCACACCAACUUUUACAGAAGGACUCCAGACUUCUUGACCCCAUGUGUCCUAAACCAAAGAAACCUGGGAAGUGGUGUGCAAUGCAUGUCCACAUUGCAUGGCAAGUUUACCAUCAUCAGCAAAAAAUUAAGAAGCAGAUGCAGAUUGAGCCACAUAAAUUAGAUUUUGGAUUUAAGCCUGAGUUUCUGAAUCGAUCACCUGUCUCGAGCUUCAUGGGACUGCAGCCACGUGAUUUACCCCGUCCCUCCACCAUCCUCUCUAAUGCAGGUCCCACACACCCUUCAGUUUCGCCCUAUGGACCCUUACCGCAUACCCCAAACAUUCUCCACAGUGUAAUCCCCCAUCAUGAGACUCUUAAUAAGCCACUCACCUUUGGAGGGCUAAGUACACUGAGCUCAUCUGCCUUUGGAGGACUAGGAAACCCAUCACUAACACCAAAUGCAGCACAAGGGACUAAAGAUAGUAAAACGAUGCCAACUUCAAGUGGACAACUGGAGACCUGGAACAGAUUGCACCAGACACCCUCAUCCUUCCCAACACUGCCUCUGUGUCCAAGGCCUUCUGAAACUGAGAGAGCUCUCUCUAUACCGGACAGGGCAGCGAUUAAGAGAGAUUCCCUAGACAACAAAGAUGACAAGGAAUGGGAGCCAAAAGAGAAAUCAAAUGGGAGGCUUUUGUCACCCAUCAGGAAUAGUGCACUGGACAACAAACAACCAACAGAGUCCUUCAAAAGUUCCUCUCCUGAUGAGACCAAGGAAGAGGAGCAGACAAGAGAGAAAACACAAGCCCAAGAGCUUCCACAACAAACUCAACAAACCGAGGAGCCAAAACACAAAGAGAUCCAAAGUGACAAAAAAGAAAAGGAUGCCAAAAGUGAGCAGCAGCAGCCCGCUGAGGACAAGCCAGCAGGAAAAGAGAGUUCAUCACCCAAGCAACAGAGAGAGGAUCUCAAGCGGCCAAACAGCGAUAGCCAACCCUGGGAGCCAGCUGAGAAGAAGAUUAGAGUCGAAUAUGAACCCGUGGCAAAGAGCAGCAAGGUGAGGGUGAAGGAGGAGAAGAGAGACAACCAGGACCAUGAGGUUACAACACACCAGAAAGCUUUGGAAAAACCAUGGCAGGAUCCCAGAGUCCCUGCUAUUAACCCUUCACCUCUUUCAACUAUUCCUUUGCCAAUAGGAAUCCCAGCUGGCCAUUCUGGUCUUGACAGGACAAGGCUAGUCUCACCUUUUCUGGGAAUGGGUCCACUUCCUGGAGCCGAAAGGCUGCCUUACUCGCCUCAACACUGGGAGUCUAUGCGGAAUGUUUACCGAGGCUUAGAUCUUCCUCGUAGGGACUCCAUGGGCAAGGACCUCCUAAUAAGAAAUGACCCCCUGCAACGUGCCAUGAUGGGGCACCCUGCUUACCCCCGUGAGCCAUUUCUGCAGUCCAUGGCCUUGGUGCAAAGGAGUCAACUGGAGGAACGGCAGCGUCUGGCCUUCCUGAGAGAGGAAAGCGAGCGUAACCACCUGUUGGCUAUGCAUCAUAGUGCACUGGAUCCUCACUUACCACAUCCAGGACUCCUCGCGGCGGCUUACCCCAGCACAGGGCUCCCACAUUACACCUCGCUCAGUAGGUCUCUACCUGCUGCUUAUAUACAUGCCCAACCACACUCGCUUUUUCCAAUGCUGGCAGCAAGGUCAGGGUCUCCGAGACGGAUGACCCCUCUCACAGACAGACCCGUUUCAUACCCACACAGAGACACUGAGACUCGGUGAGCUGGACUUAAUCAGAAACUGACGGACUUAUGUAUAUCAAGCACUUCGUGUGAAAUAACGUGUAGUCGAAAUGUACAGUGGUGGAAAUGAUUUUUUUUUGGGGUCAAAAAAAAUACAAAAA